ACAGCCCUUUCCUGGUCCCUAUGAGACCCCACACCCCUCCAUAUGAGGAUUCGGGUCCAGGGUCGCGUCUGGGUAAUAUAUGAAUUACGCAGUCCAUCCUCCCACUUCCUCCACCCUUCUUGCCCCAAUGGGCCCCCCUUCGAACGGAAAACGACCGACGACCACGACCGGACACGGCCAGAUGGGUCGAGUGAGUCGCUGGAGCCCCGAACUGCGCGACCUGCUGCAGCAGUGCGUGGCCUACCAGGGCGCGCCCGGCGGCGUGCGCUUGGGCCUGUACGGCGAUCACCAUGGCUUUGGCCUUUGGGAGGCAGCCGUGAGUCUGGCGUUCCACCAGGGCGACGACCAGGCCGCUACGGCCCAACGAGGUGCCGUGGGCGACAGGACGUUGCGGCACUGGUUCCUGCGGACGCCUGACCUGGGAUGCCCCGAGGGAGAAAAGAGAGCCGCAGCCAACGUCAUGUCGAGCGACAACGUCGCGAGCGAGCUGCGUUCGGUCACCGAUGCCUGUGAACUUUCCGGACAACACGUGAGAAACAAGAAGCGCAAGAAGGUGGAUGGUUCAAAAGCAGGUUGGUGGUUUUCAGUGCGGGUGGAAGAGCUGAGGCCCGGCAGCUUCCAGGACCUCCGGUGCGGCGCCGCGACAGUGACCGCUUUUUUGAGCCGGCCGGCCGUUGUCCCGUUGUCGAUGCCGGGGCGUGGGCCUGGAGGCGAAUGGAGUGGCGCUGUAGAGCAGGCCAGAUCGACCAACGGCCUAGCCCUCGGCCUUCGUCGACCGGCCGGCGGACUGAAGGACGAGGGACGAGCCAAUGAGGAGUCGACUGGCAGUCGGGGAACAGCGGCAGGAGGCCCACGGGAGGUUGUUUGUGGUCAUCAUGGGCCAGUGAAGUGGCUUCUCACUUGGGAUGCUGCCUUCAACGUCGUCUUUGGACCAGCACCUCUUGCUGUGGAGGUCACGGAGGCAUUUGUCUUGCCGAAAUUCCUCCCAGCUAUUGCGAACACGACUUGGGCUGUCACGCGCCAUGCGUGUGAUCUGACCUACUUUGUGUCAGAGAUGGUUACUGAUGUUUGGGACGCGCCUGUAGUAGCCUUUUUCGUCUUUCGAGAUGGAAAGCUCUCCCCUGUUGGCGGCGUCGAAUGGGAUGGCGCUCAACUCACCUGGGGCCCCGCCAGUUGGAGCCCAGCCACCCUGAAGGUGGGGGAUGUGGUCGGGGUGCUGGUGACCCUGCAGGGCGAGCUGCAGGGUCCCUCUUUGGGGAUUAUGAAUCUCGAGCUGUUUUGCCCCAUGGUGGAUCCACUGAAGCGCAAUCACGAGCUGGAUUGGAUCGAUGGUACUGGCAGCAACUCCAAAAAGAUGCCAACAAAAAUUGUCGGUGACUGGCUGCGCUUCGGCGCUUCGACGGCGACGCAGCGGUUGAGCCAGCUGGGGCAGAAGGUGGGACAAGCUUUCAAUGAAACCGCCAUGCGGCGAUGUGUGGCUUGUGGGGAGUCCUACAUCCGCGCGGGAAUGUGGACCUGUGCGGAGUGUACCCAGCUGGGCUGCCGGAACUGCCUGAGCGUGACGAACCUCCACGGCCCGGCCGCGCCCCGACCGGCGCAGCAGAUUCUUUGCAAGGGCUGCCAGCCUUUGGUGAAGAAGAGGUGCGCGGAGGGGAAUGCUCGGCUUCGUCUUCAAAGAAUCGACGCCUUCUUGGGAAGUCACUUGGAGCCCUACACUUAUGACCCCGAGAGCAAAUUGGAACAAACCUUGCGCCUCAGUGGCUAUGCCAUGCAAGGUCUGAAGAAAGUCUCUGGAUUCAUUCCAUGGGCACAGGCUGCUCAGGCGAUCGAGGCGGGCUACUAUUUGGUCAGGUACGGCCCGCUGAUUUUGGCCGGCAAUGAGAUUAUGGAGUCUUUCCAGCUCAUCCUCGGCCUGGCGAAGAAACUGGAGUUGCCCUCCUAUCACCGCUUGGCGUCGCCAGACUUCUUCGGAGGGCUCUACUACAGCAUGGGUGAACACUGGGGCAUGCGAGGCCGAGUCCCAGACAUGGAAAUGGCGCAGCAUGCAGCGGAUGGUGAGGUGCCAGUGCCGGACCAUGGAUUGCUGUUGACCCUUCGUCAUCUGACCCGACUCCUCUUGGUCUCCAAGGAGAGCACGCCCACGGAUGCGCAGCGCCUGCUGCGGCAAGCGAUGCCGGGCGCCGAGCUGGUGCUGGCGGAGUUCAGCGGAAGCCCCACGGUGCCCAGCUUCUUCCUGGUGUGCGCGCAUCAAGCACGGGUCGCGUAUUUGGUGAUGCCCGGCACGCGGAACUUGUCAGAUCUGGUCACCGACUUCAACGCCGCCGAGGAGCCGUUUGGCACUGGCCAGGGCCAUCGUGGCAUGAUUCAGUCAGCUCGCUGGAUGGAGGAGCAAGUGGGACCAGCCUUGAUCCGGCUUUACACCUCAGGCUUCCGGAUUACCAUCCUGGGGCAUUCGCUGGGUGCCGGAGUGGGCGCCUUCUUGACGCUCAUCCUGCGGCCGCAGAUCUCGAAUCUAUACUGCUAUGGCUUCGGCACCCCAGCCUGUGUGGACGAGCAGCUGAUGCCCAGCCUGCUGAACUGCAUGGUGUCGGUGGUGAACCGUGAUGACUUGGUACCCCGGCUGAGCGUGAAGAGUGUGCAAGGCCUCCUGGAGAGCGUGCUUUGCCCUGGGCAAGUCGCAAAGACCCAGGCAUGGAUGAAGGAGGAUUGGCAAGCGGUCAAGGACUUGGAACGCGUGGUGGAGCUACGGCGGCGAGGGCAGGCCCGCAAACUCAAGCCACUCUUGGACAAGAUGACGGUUCAAGGCCAGCAGAUGCAAGGCCAAGGGAUCCCAAUCACCAUCAAUCACCCAAUCAGAUUCUCCGCAAGACGGUCUCUUUCAGCUCCAGCUCCGGAAGACACAGCCGUUAGCCGUGGCGCUUCAUCCGUUCGAAAACCACACGAGACGACGUAUGGGGGAACGUUCCUCGUAUACCUUCCCGCCUUCCCUGGCAACUCAGUCUGA